CCACUUGUUAGUGUCUUAGUUUAACUAUAGAGUUGUUGUGUUUAUAUAUCAUCUUUAUGUCUCUGUAGGCUGAUGCUUGUGUAGGAUGUCUUCAGUGAAUUUCACUGGGAAGAAUGUGGAGGAGUUUACCAUCACAGGCUUCGACCACCUCUCUCACCAGAAGCUCCUGGGCUUCCUCAUCUUCAUCACCUAUUUCCUUGUGCUUCUGGGAAGCGGCACCAACAUCUGCAUCAUUUUGACGGACAGACGGCUGCACACGCCCAUGUACCUCCUCAUCUGUAACCUGGCCGUGGUGGACAUCAUGUUCACCUCCAGCACCAGCACCACCAUGAUCUCUGUCCUGCUGGGCGAGGUCAAAACCAUCUCUUACUACUCCUGCAUAUCAAGCAUGUACAUCUACCACCUGGGUGACAUCGAAGAGUGUCUGGCCCUGUCCCUGAUGGCUUUGGACCGAACCAUCGCUAUCAGAACCCCUCUUAGGUACCACAGCAUACUGACUAACCCAAGGCUCUUCCUGUUGAUCACAGCUACUUGGCUGAUAGGGUUAGGGGUCAUGGGGGUAGUAGCAGAUCAGGCAGACAGCCUUCCAUACUGCCAGCCCAUCAUUAGAUAUAUGUUCUGUGACUAUCCUGCUAUGGUCAGAGCUGCCUGUGUCAACCCUGAACCCUAUUGGAUGCUUCCCACCAUCCUGGGUCUGUGGUUGGUUGGUGCACAGCUCACAUUCAUUCUGCUGUCAUACGUGAAUCUGAUCUACACAGUACUGAGACUGCCAAACAACGAGAGCAGAGUGCAGGUGUUUAAUACCUGUAUUUGUCACAUCAUUGUGGUGUUCUGUUACUACGCUCCCAAGUUAGUCUCUGUGCUGUUGACGAGGAUAGGGGUGAUGCUGAAUCUGACGGAGCGUAACGCUUUAAUGAUUAUAGCCACGCUGUUACCUUCUCUGAUCAACCCUACAGUCUACUGUCUGAAGACCAAGGAGAUUAGAAAGAGAUUGGUUCAGAUACUGUCUAGAAAAAAAAGAACUGUAUCAAUAAAAUGUCAAAAAGGGUGAGUUAUUUAUUUGUUAUUAUAUAUUUUGGGAUACACAUAAUCAAAUACAGAUGUGACUUGAAUGACAUGUUUUAUCAAAUCUCAAUUGUAAAAUGAAUGUAUAGAGUCGUGUAUGAAGAGGUAUGAACCCUCACUAACAUAUAUGAAAGUGCACUCUUCUUUUAAAUAUCAACAAAUUAAAAAACCAACAGAAAAAGAACGUCAGUGAUGAAAUGAGGUAGUGAAAAGUAUUAUUUUGUGACUUCAAAUCAGUGUGUUUAAAGGUUUUAAAGGUAAUUUCAGCUCACAUCAGCAGCAUUUACUUUGCCUUUAAGAGUUGCUUUGUCUUCAAGAAAGAUCAGAUUGAAUUUCUGUUGAAUAACCACAAUCCAAGGUUUAAAUAUUUCCAGCUUCUUCUCUGACAGCACGUUCGUUACAUUACAC